UCAUAUCAUAUCGACAUCAUCUCCUCCUCUUUCACAAUGGCGGCUGUUUUACAAGUUUUAGUGAAGACCAUCAGUGGCCGCUGUUUAGUGUUGGACCUAUCCCCUAGGACUACCAUCAGGGAGCUAAAAGAAAGAAUAGAAGAGAAGGAACAAAUAUCGCCAGAACAGCAGAAAUUGGCUUUUGCAGGGCAGGUAUUAGAGAACCCGUCUCUGUCUUUGCAACAUUAUAAAGUUACCAAUGGGGCCACGAUUCAUUUAGUAAUUACUAGUACUGGUCUGAAAGGUGAAAUAAUGACGAUAUACGUUAAGACAUUAACAGGUCGUGUAGUGUCAGUACAGAUUGAUCCUACCUCCACUGUAAGAGAUGCCAAGGAGAGGAUAAGACAGAAGGAAGGAGUACCAGUAGAACAACAGCAGUUGAUAUUCUCUGGCCGAACACUAGAGAACGAUCGCUCGAUCGACUCUUACAACAUACAAAAAGAUUCGACCGUCCACCUGGUCAUUAAAUUAAACUCGUCUAACGAGUCAGGUCAGUCUGCCUCUUCGGCCAGACAUCCCUCACACACUACACAGCUACCACCAGUACCUCCACACUCACAGUCCUCAUCGACUCGUCAAAACUGGUCCAAUGAAGUCCAACGCUCCUCCUCCUCCUCCUCCUCCUCCUCUUGGUUGACUGUGAUAACACCCUCAGGAAGAGAGGUGAGGUUGGACUCUGUUGAUAUUGAGAGAAUGAGUGUAUUUGAGCUAAAGAGGUCAGUCUCAGCUAAAGAGAGGGUCCCUCCUGAUCAUCAAGUCCUCGUUUACAACAAAACUCAAAUGCAAAACUCUCACCCUCUCAGUUUUUACAGGCUAACCCCUGGGUCUGAUAUUUACCUCUCCUAUACCAACUCUUCAAAGAUGAACCUUUACGUUAAGACGCUCUCCGGAGACACGUUCAUGCUCUCUCCUUCUAUUUAUCAGUCGGUGAACGACAUCAAAGAGGAGCUGAGAAUUAAGCACAAGCUAAACAUUAAUAAUCAGAGGCUUGUGUUUCACGGAGUCCUCCUCGACGAGUCCUCGAUGCUGUACGAGUGUAACCUCCCUAACCAGUGCACCAUGCACAUUAUAAAGGACCCCAAUGCAAGAGACACCUCUCCCCCUCCUCCUCCUGUUUCGAGACAGUACCAGCAACAGGCUCCUCCGAUACCGAUCCUAUUCCGUACCCUGAGAGGGGAUAUCGUCACUUUGUUGACGUACCCUAAUGAGAGGGUCAGGGAUUUGAAGAGGCGCCUUCAAGAGAGGGAGGGUUUCCCCCGAGGGCCCAUGAAUUUAGUCCUUGGAGGGUUGGAGCUAAGAGAUGAGGCUUUUAUCGAGGAGUAUAAGCUCCAGCAGGACUCAACGCUACUCGUUACUUUUAAAGUGCCGAAAGGAUUAGAGCUAUCAGCUGUGGACAUGUCUAACGAUGAACUGAUACCGAUUGAUGGAAUCAAAGUUGACGACAGAGUUGAAUACCUCGAGAAUGAAAUAAGACGAUUAUUCAAAAUCGACGACGGUAUGGCUCUCUCUCUGGUCCUAAACUCAGACAUACUUACCCCACAGUCGGUUCUAUCACAAUACGUGAUUCCAAAGAACCCUGUCGUUCAAGUGUACAAGCAUAACAAGAGAGAAGAGAAGAAGAGAAGUCUCACUGUUUGUACUGUCACUGGCAUCAAGUCCUCCUGUGAUCUUUAUCUCUCUCAGUCUAAAGUCAUUGACCUCAAGGCCAUCAUACAAGACAGGCUCCUAGUCCCUACAAAUGAGCAGGUUUUAGUUAAAAGAGGAGUCAUUUUGGAAGAUUACUUAUACUUAAAUGAAGCACUGGCCAGCAAGGAAGGAGAGGAGGACGACGAGAGAUACAAGAUAAUGCUUUUUACCAAAGUCCAAGCAACACGUACCAUAACGGUCAUACUUUCAAACGGAUCUCCAGUUAAUCUGAGGAUGCAGAGCCAUCAAACAAUACUGGAUCUCAAGGGUUUGCUAAACGAUCGCACUGUCCAGCCUGAGCAGCAAGUCAUAAGACAUGGCGGCCAUAUACUAGAGGAUCACUACUGCAUAGGGGACUACCUCCUACCCGAGGGAGCUAGACUAACAUGUACCUCACUAACAUCCCAACACAUUCAUGUUUUCAAUGUUCACGCAAGCGGUCACAGAGUCAAAAAAUUCUGUGUAGAAAGCCAGAGCUCUCUGAGGGUUCUUAAAUUAUUGGUAGCAGCAGAGUUUUCUAUACCGCUGGACCGAUUGCGACUUUUAUUUUGUGGGGACCUGCUCUAUAAUGAGAAACCAGUUGAUCAGUACGGGUUUCCUACCCCUUGCACUUUGUGGGCUGACUCCAGCAAUAAAAAUUAAGUAUAAAAAAAUAAGUAACAAUUUUUGUUUGAAUUCACAAUUAUUAUUGAUUGUCUAUUGUUAUAAUAAUAAUUAUUAUUAUAGGAUAGUUAAUAUUUUUAAGGGACAAUUCAAA